CAGAGCAUAACAGCUCCCUUCCCUCUCCUCCUUUUCCUAGCAACCCAUCACAACACAAUCUAAUCCCCCCACCUUCCUGAAGCACUCUUUCAUUCUCCUCAAUGGCCAUGGCGACCACCCAAGCCUCCCUCUUCACCCCUCCCACCACCACCCUCUCCGCCGCGAAAUCCACCGCAUCCUCCCGUCACCUCCUCCCGUGGAAAGCACCGUCGGCGCCCCGCCGCCUCGCAUAUAGAAUCUCCGCAACCGAUGAGAAGGCCGCCACAGCGGAACCGGAGGCCCCCGCGGGCUUCACCCCUCCGCAGCUGGACCCGAACACCCCCUCCCCAAUCUUCGGAGGCAGCACGGGGGGCCUGCUGCGGAAGGCGCAGGUCGAAGAAUUCUAUGUGAUCACGUGGACGUCGCCGAAGGAGCAGGUGUUCGAGAUGCCGACAGGCGGGGCUGCGAUCAUGCGGGAGGGACCGAACCUGCUGAAGCUGGCGCGCAAGGAGCAGUGCCUGGCGCUGGGCACACGGCUGCGGUCCAAGUACAAGAUUAACUACCAGUUCUAUCGCGUGUUUCCGAAUGGCGAGGUGCAGUACCUCCACCCCAAGGAUGGCAUCUACCCGGAGAAGGUCAACCCGGGCCGCCAGGGUGUCGGAAUAAACUUUCGCUCCAUUGGCAAGAACGUCAGCCCCAUCGAGGUCAAGUUCACCGGCAAGCAAGUUUUUGACGUCUAAAACUGUACUGCAAUCUUGUUGUUCUGUGAUAGUCUAUGCCUUGCUGUUUUAAUUGUAUUUUUUGCGCUGGAAACUUGUACUUAAAUGACUUUCGCAUCUGCUACCAACAUCACAUACAGUUUAGUUUCUCUCGUAAUAAUUAUAAUUAAUGUUC